CAGCAGCUCAGUAGCACCGCCUGAAGUGUAGCUGCUCUGCUGAGAGCUGCUGUAGCAGGUGAUGCCCUUAUUUGGUGCUGGCCCAGAUCAUGUGAUCAUAAAAUGGUGGAAGCUGUGAGCUGUUUAUAAGCUGAGCAUCUCCAUCGAGAGGCUUGAAGCAGGAAACAGGGAGUCCAUCCAUGCUCUAAGACGCAGUGUAGCUGAGAUUCCUGAGCCCCAGCAGUGGUCCUCCUGUGGAUGGACCUGGCAUCAGAGAGUACAAUGAGUUCAGAACGGGAUGAUGGCAGACCAGCACCUCCUACCUCUCUACCUCUUGAAGGAGGUCCCUCUCAGAGAAAGAAACUUUCAGCGCCUCGAAUCAGCUUGUCACUGGACCAGAGCGAGGAUGACUUGGGGGAGACACCGGAUGAUCUCGACAUUAACGUUGAUGAACUCGACACUCCAGACGAAGGGGACUACCUCGACUACACAGACCACGAAAUGGACUGGGAAGAUCCCAAUGCAGCCAACAGGAGCAGUACCAAUGACUCCUACAACACUAUUCCAACAUACAGCGCUGAGGAGGAGCGCCAAGAUGUCAAACUGUGGAGGACAGUCGUCAUCGGCGAGCAGGAACAUCGCAUCAACAUGAAGAUCAUCGAGCCCUACAUGAGAGUCAUCUCUCAUGGAGGUUACUAUGGCAACGGAGUGAAUGCCAUCAUAGUGUUUGCUGCUUGUUUCCUGCCAGACAGCAAUCGAGAGGACUACCAUGAAAUAAUGGAGAACCUGUUCCUAUAUGUGAUCAGCACAUUAGAGCUGAUGGUGGCAGAAGACUACAUGAUUGUGUAUCUGAAUGGCGCCACGCCCCACAGGAGGAUGCCCGGCUUUGGUUGGUUAAAGAAAUGCUACCAGAUGAUCGACAGAAGGCUCAGGAAGAACUUGAAAUCUUUCAUCAUUCUUCAUCCAUCGUGGUUUAUAAGGACUUUUCUAGCCAUUACCAAGCCCUUCAUCAGUGCCAAGUUUAGCAGUAAAAUUAAGUAUGUGCACAGCUUGGAUGAACUGCAGGAAAUUAUUCCAAUGGAUUGCAUCCAAAUCCCAGAAUGCAUCAUUAAACUCGACAAAGAGCUGAAGGAAGCAGCAGAAAACUCAAAAAUGAGUAGUUUCCUGCAGGGGGCCGAGCUGACAAGCAGAAUGGAACAAGACCGAGCCGGUGCCAGCGGCUCAUAAACUUCAACACCCUGGAUUAAUGGGACACCUCGGCACUCAAAAGCCACCGUAAUGAAUGGGACAAGCAGAAAAGUGGCGCUUCUGUGCGUGUGUAUGUGUGUGUGUGUGUGUGUGUGUGUGUGUGUGUAUGGUGUUUGUCACUUACACUGGAGUUUAAUCCAAAUACAGCCUAGCAUAGUCCCUGUUAAAACUCAGUUGUAAAUGCUGCUGUAGCAUUUGUCAUGCUGAGAACACUCGCCGUUAUGAGAACCAUAUAAUCAGGUGUGGAACCUUCCAGCAUCAACAGAGUAGCAUUGACGUUCACUUUAGGGGCAGAAAAUGCAAUUACACACCUAACAACGCACCACACAGAUCCACUUCUAGAGACUAUCGUCGUUAUUUGUGUGCAUGAGAAUCGGUGAAGCAAUAACAUUACCUCCUCUUCUGGCUGCUCGCUGUUUCUGAGCAAACAUUUUGUGUCGGAGGAACGGACGAUGCGUCGCCAGUAAAACAACCUUGUGCCAUAGUUUAUGAUCAGACGUGCGUUGAAGCAGUCUAACACUCAAUCUUAACCUGAAUAAACCUACAAAUAGAUGUUUUAACUUUAUGGCAUCAGUCUGAAGCAAAGCAGGAGUGAGUUAAAUAUGAAAUCAAGCUGUCAGUGCGAUGUCACAGCAGAUUUUUGUAGCCUUUUUCUGCAGGUGUGUGUGUGUGUGUGUGUGUGUUUGCUGUGAUAAAGUGAGAAAUAUUUCUUUGAUUCUUGUUGGAUCAUCAGGGGGAACCUCAGAAGAGCCCAAAGAAGGAAUCUCAAUAAAGCACAUCUUUAGUGUGUGUGUGUGUGUGUGUGUGUGUGUGUGUGUGUGUCCAUGUGCAUGUCUGUGAAUGUCCAUCAGUGCAUGUCUACUCACUAGAUAACUUUAAUGCGAGUGUUCUGUGGAUUAUUGAGAAUGUGCAAAAGAAAUUACUGAUUGAUGUGUAUUACUUCAAUUCAAGUCAAUUAAAAUUUAUUGUGAGUUAUAAAUUAA